CAGUUGUUAACAAAACUUGUAUGUGAAGAAACUUAAAACACAGUUUGUAGUCGUUCGAAGAGCAAAAAAAUGUUUUUGUGGACUUUGGCUGUGGGAUUUGUACUAAUUUUGUUUAUCAAAAGAUUACAUCGCGAUUUUCAUAUUUUGGCUUUCUUUGCUCCCAGAAUUAAGACAAAAGAUGGCAGUGAUGUUGAGAAAAUUCUGCCAACUGUGCCAGGAAAAACUAUAUUUGGAAAUACAUUCGACACAGCUGGCUCAGAUUUUGUGGGCACCUUCAAAUAUAUACGAGACUGUGCUGCUCAAAUGAAACGCAGCUAUGCUUUAUACGUUAUUGGUAAAACGCUGGUAAAUGUCAUUGAUGCAGAAAUGGCCGAAAUGGUUUUCACCAACCCGAAAUUAAUAACCAAGGGAUUUGUCUAUGACUUUUUGAAACCAGCUCUGGGUGACGGUCUGCUAGCUUCCAGUGAUCGCAAGUGGCAUGCAAGGCGUAAAAUGUUAACGCCUGCUUUUCAUUUUAACAUAUUGGGCCAAUUUCAAGAAGUAUUUCAGGAAGAAAGUAUAAAGUUCGUGGAAAAAUUGAAUAACAUGAAAAUGGACGUAGUUGUAUUGGAUGAAUGCAUACCAAAGUUUACUCUUAAUGUUAUAUGUGAAACCGCUUUGGGUGUAAAAUUGGAUGAAUGCUUAAAUGGUGAUGAAUAUCGUGAAAAGUUUUGCGUUUUUGAAGAAUGUUUCAAUAGACGCACCAACAAUCCACACCUAAUGAUCGAAACCAUUUACAAAAUGUUUGAAGAACACAAAUAUCUACCUGCUCUACGAAUAGUUCAUGAUUUCUCCAGUGAUAUUAUCAAAAAGAAAAGAGAAAUAUUUGCGGAAACAUUAGAAAAUGGAAAGGAGUUUCAUGUUGAGGAAGAUCAAGUAUUUUCCAAAAAACGUUACGCCAUGUUGGACACUUUGUUGCGUGCCGAACAAGAGGGUCUCAUAGAUCAUGAAGGCAUCUGUGAAGAAGUUGACACCUUUAUGUUUGAGGGAUUCGACACCACAUCGAUGAGUUUAAUAUUUUGUCUUAUGAAUCUAUCACUGCAUCCAGAAAUGCAAGAACAAUGCUAUCAGGAAAUACUAGAGCAAACACAUAAUGAUCUCAAAGGCUUAGAUAUAGCUCAGCUCAAUGGAUUGAAAUAUUUGGAAUGUUUCCUUAAGGAAUCGAUGCGUCUUUAUACUACAGUUCCAGCGAUAAUGCGUGAAACCAUUGAAGAAACACAUCUCCCAAAUGGUUUGAUUUUACCACCUCAUACAUUUAUAACAUUGCAUUUGUUCGAUUUACAUCGUAAUCCUAAACAUUUCAAAAAUCCAGAGGUUUUUGAUCCCAAUAGAUUUCUACCCGAAAAUUCAAGAGACCGCCAUCCAUAUGCUUUUGCACCAUUUAGUGCGGGUCAAAGGAAUUGCAUUGGACAAAAAUUUGCCAUGUUGGAGAUGAAGACCCUAUUGACCCACAUUCUUAAGAAUUUCAAAAUUCUGCCUUUAGUCGAUCCUAAGACAUUUAAGUUUAAAUCUGGCAUUAUUAUAAGACCUAAAAAUGAAGUGAAAGUAAAGUUUGUUAAAAGACAAUAAAAGA